AUGAGACCUCAUAGAUUACGACAGAGCCCUCUUCUCAUAUCAGACCUGCCACAACUUGCACUGGAAGGGCUCUUGCAAGCUGCUCUCGCCUUGCGUAACGCUGCGCAGACUACAGCAGUCAGAUUCCGGAAGCGGAUAAAUUCUACCAUCAGGCAACUGCAGCUGGAGCUCGAGCAGCGCAACGACCCGGGCGCGCUGCGGGUUACUCAUUCCUGGAUGCCGCUGGAAAAUCUGCUGACCUACGAUUUUGUCCAGAUCACAGAGACUAACUUCGUGGAGUUCGUGGCCAAUGACUCUGCCGUGCAGCCGGUGCAACUGAACCCCUCGCAGUUGAAUGCUUCACCGCGCCUAGAUUUGCCAGCAUCUUUUUACAAAGCGCAUGUCGCAUGGAUCGCCAAAAGAUCCGACCUUGAGACUUUGGGACAUUGGCACGGGCCGAUCGCUAUGGGCCUUGGGCGAUGGGUCGAGAUUGAGAGCUCUUCGACUGACAACUCGAAGUUUUUGCUGAAGCCAGCGCCAGCUGCUGACACCGAGUAUAUCUUGGUCGUCUUGGCUAGCAUUCAACAAUUUCGUUGGACGUGGAGGAUCUUGUCCAGGCUAGAUCCCCUCGGCAGCCCUUUCUGGCAAAGCUUCCUGAGUCAAUCAGCUGAAGAGGACAAGUGGAACCUUCUAGAUCCGAUUGGCGGUGCACUUUGCUCGGUGCUACAAGAGUGCUUCCCGGGACAACUAGCUGCAACGACUUCAUGUCUGGCAGCCAACAUCGAAGCUGGUCCGGGAUGCGGGAAAAGCACUGCGGCCGUCAAGGUGCUACACCUGACAGAGCUGACGCCUGGCCGACACAUCCUCGCAGCGCCUACACAGGUCUUGCGCGACGCACUGGCCAAGCGCCUCGGAUCAGAUUGCCUACGCGUGGGCCAGGACGAACAUCACAGCGAUCUCAUGUACGAGGAAACGGUAAAGCUCUUGGAAGAACAGAAUCCCGCGAUGGUGGCAUUGAUCGAGGAGUACGCAGCCUUACUGGAGACAAGGAUGCCCUGGCAGCAAUGGCCUGACGCUCUGGCGCAGCAUCAUCGGGCCGUAUUCAGACUCUAUUGCAUGACACAGUAUGACUUCUCCGGCAAACGUGUCGUGGCGUGCACGCACGCAUUCGUCUUGAAGCUUCUGGCAGGUGAAAGGACUACAGCAAAGCGGUUGUUUUCCAACACCGACAUCGGGCUUCUCAUCAUCGACGAGGCCAACAGCCUGUUGGCGGAAGAGUUCAUGGCAGCAAGCUCACGGUGUAAGGCCACGAUCGCCAUAUACGAUCCAGGGCAGAACAUGCGACCGGUCGAUUGGCGACCAGAAACGUCAGAGACCGACAAGAUCAACGCGGCAGACAUGCUGGCCGUCAGCCGGGCUGCCAGGCCAGGUCGUCCCAGAUAA